CAUAGUACGGUUUCCGUUGUCCGCAGGGACCUGCGCACCAACCAGAUAGUUGCUGUUGCUCAAUAUCGUCUCCCUUUCCUCGACAAAGAGAAGAUUAGGUUUGGGGAUAAUGGUCCAUGGAGACCACUAAAAGAAGUACUUUAUCGGAAAAAAGGAGAUUACUUUGGCAAUGCCAAAUCAUUUAUGGGGUCUUAUGGCUCUGUCUAUCGAUGGAAAGAGCGUGAUGAGAAAGGAGUGGAGCCACUAGUGGCAUAUAAUCGACCUAUUGGCUGCAAGAGUGGGUCCUACCUGGAGGUGAACGAUAAUUCAGUGUUAAAUUCACUGGACACCAUCGUUGCAACUUUCCUGGUUAUGGAAAAGAAGAGGCGCAAUAGGGAAGAGGAGGAUGAAAUCCUCGAAGGGGUUGCUGGUGGCUGA